AUGGAAGGAGUAUCCCGCUUCACGCAAGCGAGAGACGGGAUUCGAAGUUUUGUCCUACGUCAGCGGUCGAAGAUUAGGGAUGCCGUCGCGUUUGCGAAGGAAAGCAAAAUAAGGUGGACCGAACACAUGAUGCGCUUCAACGACAACUGUUGGCCCAGAGCUGUGAACGGCAGGGUUCCAUGCGAUAUUAAGCGCACUACAGGAGGACUGCCGACUCGAUGGUCAGAUUUCUUCACGGAGUUCUUCAAAGAAGAUUAUGAUGCUCCCGGUGUGCCACGCAAAAGAGGAACUACCUGGGUACUCUGGCACGAUCGGGACAAGUGGAAGAGUUACUGA